UAAAACGAUUUAUAGUAGGUAACACAGUUGAGGUUUUAUUUUUCAUUUAUUCUACAAUGAAGAUAGCACUUUGUAGAUUUUAUCAUAAGAUAGCUUAUUUUUUUCUGUAUCCAGGGAUACCAAGAACUCAAAAUAAUAAAAUUGGCACAUUGGAGGUUUUAAAAGACAACCCGUUUUAUUUGAGGGAGUAUGUAGUAGUUUAGAAAAAUGACACGACUGACAAUUGUAUAUCAUGACAUAUAGAUUUAUCUUGGAAUUAAUAUUGUUGAGUUAAAUAUUUUAAUUUUAAACUUAGCCAUAUUACAUGACGAUGAUUACAGGUUGUUAUUUUGUUAUGAUGUUAUAAAAUGGAAUCGACAUCACAAGAUGUAACCCCUUCUCUUCCGUUAGCCACUGCCAUGAACCUUUCGCCGGACGCAGUUCUGUUCUAUCGCAUGCGGCUUUUCCGACGUAGAGUUGGACAGCUAUAAUUUCCAUUUUACACUGUCUCCCACCAAGCUACCUUUUGAUUUCUCGGGGUGGACACAUCUAGGAGAAAAAAAUUAUGAGUAGGGUAUUCUGAGAGUUACUUGAUAUCUGUCCUAUAGUUCUUCAAUCGUAUCACUACCGACCCGUGAUCCGAUCGAAUUUUAAUAUCCGAUAGCUUAAAAACCAACAAUAUUAAUACAUACAUUUUAAGUAAUUUUGUUUUCUUUUUUUUUGGUUUGUUUAACUUGAAAUACUCGAUAAAAGACUCACCGUGGUGUCAAAGUAAACACAAUGAUUCUUAGGACGUUUUUAUGGUGUGCGUACCUGCACUAUUUUGGACAUGCCGCUCAGUAUGUACCAAUCGAGGGAGUGGACGGAAACGAUUGCGCCGUAGUGCUCGAGGGUUCGAAACAUUUCAUAUACAACAGCGGGCAGGGUCCUCCGCAGCGUUCGUCGGCUCACAUGUGCAUCACGUACGACACGGUGAACAGAGUGUUCCUGGACGUCCAAAACAAUCACAAGCUAACGGAAACUAAUGAAAUAUUGGGACCUUUGCAUUUCGCCAAACUCGGAGAGAUGCUAUUGGACGUUUCCCAAGUGCUGGCGAAAAUGUUCGACUUGAACGCCGACGACGUGAACAAGUUCUUACCGAUGAUCGACACUUCCAAGACUUUGAUCAGGAAUGUGUGUCCUUCGUGCUUGUCGAGGGUGGCGUGCAAGGCCGGCAAGUACCGCAGACCCGAUGGCCUGUGCAACAACAUAGCUCACCCGAAUUGGGGUUCUACCAUGUCUACGUUCAAUAGGUUGAUGGCACCGCGUUACUCGGACAAGGUGUCAGCUCCCAAAGUGGCCGCUUCUGGAGAUCCAUUGCCGUUGGCCAGGGUCGUGUCCAAAACCGUUCACCCGGAUGACGGUCGUCAUGAACACGCCGGCACCGUUAUGCUGGUAGCUUGGGGCCAGUUUAUGGAUCAUGAUCUCACUUUGACCGCGACACCUCUAGAUCCGGUGAACAGGAACGAACCCGAGGAGUGCUGCGACCGUCCAGAACACUUAAAAAACAAAUACUGCUACGAGAUAAAAAUACCGGAAGACGAUAACUUCUACCGGAGUCACAACGUGAAAUGUCAAGAUUUUGUCAGGUCAUAUCCUGGAGUGCAGCCGGACUGCAGAUUAGGCCCCAAAGCUCCGUUUAACGUAUUGACACCGGUCAUCGACGGAAACACCAUAUACGGAGCGGACGAAGCGACAUCCAGGUACCUGAGAUCAGGGAUUACCGGUCAGUUGAGGAUGAACCCAGCGUUUGCGGAUUUGGGAUUGAAAGAGUUGCUUCCUAUGAAAUUGAACGUUCCUGACGAAGGAUGUAUCAGAUCCAACUCUUCGCAAUACUGUUUUGAAUCAGGAGAGAUUCGAGUGAACGAACAACUCGUGUUAACAUGUAUUCACACACUGAUGGCUAGAGAGCAUAAUCGCGUGGCCAAGGAAUUAUCACAAAUCAAUCCGCAUUGGAACGAUGAAAUGCUGUAUCAGGAGGCAAAGCGAAUAGUCGUAGCCGAAAUACAGCACAUUACGUUCAACGAGUUCUUGCCCAUACUUUUAGGCAAAAAUUUAAUGGAUAAACAUGGGUUAACGACUCAAAAACAAGGAUUUUGGGACGGCUAUGAUCCAGACGCUAAUCCCAAUAUUUUAGCUUCGUUUUCGGCAGCCGCAUUCCGUUUCGGUCAUUCGCUUUUGCCAAAUACCAUAGAGCGAUGGAGCAAAGCACACGGUUUUAUCGCUUCCAAGAGGCUUUCCGACUUGAUUCGUCGGCCAUUUGAUUUGUACCGGGCAGGCGCUAUUGACGAAUACUUUAUGGGUCUCAUGAACCAAGUGGCUCAAGCUAUGGACGACUCAAUCACGCGAGAAGUGACAAACAAUCUGAUCAAAAAGCCAGGGAAAGGUUUUGGUUUCGAUUUAGUGUCGUUUAACGUGCAGAGGGGUAGAGAUUUCGGUCUUCCCGGCUACAUGGAGUUCAGACGUCAUUGUGGACUACCCGUAGCCAACAGAUUUGAAGAAAUGACCGGUUUCAUGCCCAACGCGACCAUUCAGAGAUACCAAAUGGUUUACGCAUCGCCGUUUGAUAUCGAUCUGUGGUCCGGUGGAGUGUCUGAAAAUUCAGCUGCUGGCAGUGUUAUCGGCCCCACGUUCGCUUGUAUUAUAGCAUCGCAGUUUGGACAGUUGAAAAAAGGCGAUAGAUUCUGGUACGAACUACCCAACCAACAGUCUUCGUUCACUCGCGAUCAAUUACAAGAAAUCAGAAAUGUUAAGAUGUCGCGUUUGGUCUGUGACAAUACCGAUAUCAUCGACACAGUUCAAAUGUAUCCAAUGGUGUUACCAGACCACGAAUUAAAUCCUAGAGUACCCUGUAGGAGCGGCCUUAUACCGAGAAUGGACCUAACCAAAUGGGCUGAUCCAACACUUGACACUACCGCACCUAAUGUACGACAUACAAACGUGUUGAAUAACUUGAAGACUGGCAUGACCGAAGCUCAGAUAUUGUUAUGCGAAAAAUGUAACACCACUAUGCCGGGAUUGACGGAUACUGCUGGGACGCGCGUUAUAACAAUAAUUGAUGCCGACGAGAACACGGAUUCCAACACCGUAUACGGCGAUACGACCAGGGUGAAGAGAGGCAUCGAGGCAGCUUCUUUGGCCAACGCAACGGCCGGAGACGACCGUCUCGACUUGCCGGGUGAAAUGGCAAAGCCGUCGAACAAACCAAAAGACGUGCCGAUCAAACGCGAGGCCAACGCGGACAUGACGCAGGCCAUAAUGGAGCCUCGGCUCGAUUACGACUCGGACGAGGAAUACCGGCCCAAUGUACCUUUCUACGACGGGCACAGGUUGACGCCGGCCACCAGCAACCACCACGGCUACUACGACGGUCAGCAAAAUGAGGCGGCCGAAGAAGACCACGAGGACGAGACCGACGAUGAUGGAGAUCACAAUUCGCAUUACGAAUACGUUCCCAUGGAAGUGGACGACGAAGGCAAUCACAGACCUCUAACGUUACCGAAAUUCAUCGACGCGGACAGACCUAGCAGCCGGCCGUCGUCGCGACCUAAGCACCGCGGAAAGCCGGAUUACAACUCAUACAGCUCGUACAACUCAAAUCCCCACGAACACGAUUUCAAACCCUCCAGGGGCACACACUCCAUGGGGAGACCAUAUUCGCCGUCUUAUUCGGCGGCUCCUUAUUCGUCCGCCGGUAUCGGCCACGAUUACUCGUCUCUCAGCAGCAGCAAACCGUACUCAGGACCUAAAUCCUACGACGAUUACCUGGAUCCGUCUGGCGGCGGAGGUCCCAAGUCGUUUAUGACGGUGGGCAACUACGAGGACUCUUCCGAUGGCGGUGACGUCAUUAGCAUAGAUCACGGGGAAGCGUACGAGUCAUCCAAAACGUCGCCCUCGGAACGGUCCGGAUCGCGUUACACCAGAGAAGACGACCCCUUGCACCCUCUGCGCGAUUACCACAAGACGGGGCACGACAACGAGGAGAUGUACUCGAGACUCAGGGACGAGUAUAGGUCCAGGAGCAAGCCCAAGGGGUCGUCGUUCGACGACGGCGACGACCAAAACGAACCGUCUUCAUCGUCGGUUAACUACAGGGCAACGCCCGAAAAAAAAAAAAACAACGCCUACUGGAGAAUGUCGUUUGUGCAGAGCGUUUAAAUGUGUUAAAUAAUUAUUAUUAAUACUUAUACCUACUCUGUCUGAUGAGAGAACGGUACCGCGCAGAAACCAAAACGCAUCACUCUCGUAUGCGCCUGUUUUGGUUCCUACGCUGUACCGUUCUGUCGUGAGACAUAGAUAUGUUAGUCGAUAAAAAUGUUUAGUAGUGUGUAAUAAUGCAUGAGACUCGUUUAAGUUAAUGUAAUCAAGUUACCUGAUUUAUUAAUAUUAUAUAUAUUUUUUAUAA